AUGGCAGAAGACGAGUACGACUAUCUGUUUAAGAUCGUCUUGAUUGGUGACUCGGGCGUUGGGAAAUCGAAUUUACUGUCUCGCUUUACACAUAAUGAAUUCAAUCUGGAAUCCAAGAGCACCAUUGGUGUUGAGUUUGCCACGAAAUCCAUCGUAGCUGAGGGCAAAACCAUUAAGGCACAGAUCUGGGACACGGCUGGUCAAGAGAGAUAUCGAGCAAUCACGAGCGCAUACUACCGUGGUGCAGUAGGUGCAUUAUUGGUGUAUGAUAUUACCAAGCACGGAACGUUUGAGAACGUCGAACGUUGGCUCAAGGAGCUACGAGAUCAUGCCGACAUUAAUACGGUGAUUAUGCUAGUGGGUAACAAGAGUGAUUUACGUCAUUUACGUGCCGUGUCAACGGAAGAAGCAAUGGCAUUUGCUGAGAAGAACAACUUGGCUUUUAUCGAGACAUCGGCUUUGGAAGCGACGGGAGUUGAUGCAGCCUUUCAGCGUAUACUUACCGAGAUUUACAAGCUCAUGAGUCGCAAGACCAUUCAAGCAGAAGAGAACGCAACGGCAAGUCUACCGACAGGCAACAAUAUUGCAAUUACGACUGAGAACACGACUGAGAACCAGAAAAAGAAGAAAAGUGGGUGCUGCUAG